AUGGAAAACAGCACUGUUUCCUUUUACUUUAAUCUCACCAUGUUCGUGAACAUUGGACACUACCGCUAUCCGGCCUUUGUUUUUUGCCUCCUGCUCUACAGUUUUAUCAUCACUGCUAAUCUUGUCAUAAUACUGGUGACAUCUCGAGAGCGAACACUACAUGAGCCCAUGUAUAUGUUUAUUGCUUUGUUGUCUGCCAACUCUCUGUAUGGUUCUACUGGUUUCUUCCCCAGAUUCCUCGUGGACCUUCUGUCUGAUAAUCAUGUGAUCUCUCGUGCAGCUUGUUACAUCCAGAUCUAUGUUAUUUACACAUAUGCUUCCUAUGAGAUGACCAUUCUUGGCAUCAUUGCAUAUGAUAGGUAUGUUGCUGUUUGUCAUCCUUUACUCUAUCACAAAAAGAUGACCUCUAGAACUGUUUUAAAGUUGGCAGCAAUGGCUUGGAUUUUUCCAGCCAUUGGUCUUAUAGCAUGCAUUUCUUUGUCUGCCAGGCUUCCUUUGUGUGGUAAUGAGAUACAAAAAAUAUUUUGUGCCAACUGGAAUGUUGUGAAAUUGUCAUGUAUUCCUACUGAUGUGAACAAUAUUUACGGUUUGCUUUUGACCAUAUCUACAGUUUUUGUCCCGCUCUCUUAUGUCCUGUACACGUAUUUGCGAAUUGUAGUUGUUUGCUGGAAAAGAUCAGCAGAAUUCAAAGGGAAAGUAUUACAGAGCUGCCUGCCACAUGUUGUUUCAUUUGUGAUUUAUUCCAUCACAGGAUUUUGUGAUAUUGCCUUGAGCCGGAAUGAUAUUGAAGACAUAAAUCCAUUUGUGGCUGUAAUUUUGUCACUGGAGUUUGUCAUCAUUCCUCCUGUUCUGAAUCCUCUUGUGUAUGGGCUGAAGUUACCAGAAAUUAGAAGACACAUUUUAAGGACAUUAUCUUGGUAUAAACCAAUCUCUUAA